CGCUUUUCCGCCCAGGAAAGAGAAAAAGAAAUACGAGAAGAGCCAACUAUGAAUGCUUCAAAAACCCUUGUCGUUGAUAACGGUACCGGAUUUGUGAAAUGUGGUUAUGCCGGAUCCAAUUUCCCGGAGCAUGUGUUUCCGAGUGUGGUUGGUCGACCUAUUUUGCGAGCGGAGGAAACGGUCGGCAACCUUGAAGUGAAAGAUAUCAUGAUUGGCGAUGAGGCGGCCGCGUUGCGUAAUAUCCUCCAAAUGUCUUAUCCCAUGGAAAACGGCAUCAUCAGAAACUGGGAAGAUAUGCGCCAUUUAUGGAAUUACACUUUCGACGAGAUGUUGAAAAUCGAUCCCAGAGACUCCAAGAUUUUGUUGACCGAAGCGCCCAUGAAUCCUCGCGCCAACCGUGAACAAAUGGCCCAAAUCAUGUUUGAAGAGUACGGUUUCCAGGGAAUAUACGUCGCUAUUCAAGCUGUCUUGACGCUGUUCGCGCAAGGUCUGUUAUCCGGUGUGGUGGUUGAUUCCGGCGAUGGUGUUACACAUAUUGUGCCCGUGUACCAAGGUUACGCACCGGCCAAUUUGACGCGCCGUCUCGAUGUUGCUGGUCGUCAUGUUACUCGAUACCUCAUCAAACUUUUGCUUCUUCGUGGAUACGCAUUCAACCGUACAGCGGAUUUCGAAACAGUUCGUCAAAUCAAGGAAAAGCUGUGCUAUGUCAGUUACGAUCUUGAACUUGAUCAGAAACUGGGUAAUGAAACCACUACAUUGGUCGAAAGCUACGAGCUUCCGGAUGGUCGCGUCAUCAAAGUAGGCUCGGAACGUUUCGAAGCUCCCGAGUGUUUAUUCCAGCCUCAUUUGGUGGACGUGGAAGCGCCUGGCAUGGCGGAGAUGUUGUUUAACACGAUUCAAGCGGCCGAUAUUGAUAUCCGAUCUGAUUUGUAUAAACACAUUGUGUUAUCCGGUGGCUCCACCAUGUACCCCGGUCUUCCCAGCCGUUUAGAAAAGGAAAUGAAGCAGUUAUAUCUGACCAAUGUGCUGAAUGGCGAUGCGAGCAGAUUAAAUAAAUUCAAGAUCCGUAUUGAAGAUCCUCCCAGACGCAAGCAUAUGGUUUACCUUGGAGGUGCGGUGCUUGCCGAUAUUAUGAAGGACAAGGACUCUUGGUGGGUAACGAAACAAGAGUGGGAAGAAAUGGGACCUCGUGCAUUAGACAAAAUGGGUGUCCUGGGCUCAACCGCUUAAAAAAACAAAACCAAUAAAUCCGUACCAUUCCGCAGAAAUCAAAUAGCAAUUGCAGAGAGAAUUGUACUCCAUUAUGUUUACAUUUACCCAUUGUCUCAACUCGGGGCGGACCUUUUAAAUGAAUCUUUUGUUCGUAGUAGCUCUCGAAUUACCAGUCCUGAGCAGGCAGCAG